GCAAGGUCCAGGAAGAGGGUGGAGGCCACGGCAGCGGAGGACUCCACUAGACCUUGUCUCGUUCGCGGCAAGGAUGGCAGCGCCUUUGCCCGCUGCGAGGGGUGCAAAAAGGAUGUCCCGGUGGCAACCAUAAGCUUUCACAGUUGCAGCCUCGAUGCCAAAAUCAAGACCAAUCUCGAGGCUCAAGUCGUGGAAGAACCCCAGUCAAGUGACUACCAAGAGGAAGAAAUCCAGUACAUCAGAACCAAAUGCAAAGAGAAGCAGGUCUGACAAGCUCAACAAGACCAAGGAUCCAAAUGCACCCAAGCGCCCUCUCACUGCCUUUUUCCUAUUCAUGCAUGAUUUUAGAAAAUCCUACAAGGAAGCUAAUCCUGAUUCUAAGGAUGUUAAGAUGGUUGCAAAAGAGGGUGGUGAAAAGUGGAAACUUUUGACUGAUGAGGAGAAAAGGCCUUACAUUGACAAAGCUGCUGAGCUUAAAGCUGAGUUCAAAAAGACCUUGGAGACUGAAGCUGAUGAUGCUGAAGAUGGUGAUGGUGAAGCUGAAGAUGUUUCAGAAAAGGAAGUGCUAGAGAAGGAAGUGGAACAAGUAUCUGACGGGGAGUAGUAUAUUUUGUUAAAAAUGUAUGUCCUCUAUUCUGUAGAGGGGUGAAAAUUGCAUGAUUGGAUGUUUGUAAAUCCUUAGGCUUGUUGUGAUCGUGUAGUCUAAAUAGUUUGAGGACUUUCCCUAUCAUUUAUGCGGUCAUUUGAUCACAUAGUAUCGCUUAUCUUUGAUUCUCUGCUGCCAAUAUACUUGUUGGCAUUUUUCUGAUAUCUUUUCCUAUGGUAAUGGAAGUUUUGAUUCUCUUCUUUAAAGGAAAUGUUUUGGGA